GGGACUUUUUCUGAGGUUCCUGCCAAACACCCAAAGUACCUCAGCUUUGGCCAUACAGACAGGCUCCCAGUGGAGUUGGACCUGACCGCUGACUCACCAGCACACUUGGACCAUCUUCUGCAGUCUCCAUCAGCUUUGCCAAUCAACUGAUCGGAAAUAAGUCCUCAAACACCACAGAGUCAAGGCUCCAGCACAUGAUUUGGGAGUUACACUCUGUGUCAUGGAUGAAACUGCACUGACCCUUGGCACAAUAGAUGUUUCUUAUCUGCCAAAUUCAUCAGAAUACAGUGUUGGUCGUUGUAAACAUGCAAGUGAGGAAUGGGGUGAGUGUGGUUUCAGACCUUCUGUCUUUAGAUCUGCAACUUUAAAAUGGAAAGAAAGCCUAAUGAACCGGAAAAGACCAUUUGUGGGAAGAUGUUGUUAUUCCUGCACUCCCCAGAGCUGGGAUAAAUUUUUCAACCCGAGUAUCCCGUCUUUGGGUUUGCGGAAUGUUAUUUAUAUCAACGAAACUCACACAAGGCACCGAGGAUGGCUUGCAAGACGUCUUUCUUAUGUGCUUUUUGUUCAAGAGCGAGAUGUCCAUAAGGGCAUGUUUGCCACCAAUGUGACUGAAAAUGUACUAAACAGCAGUAGAGUACAAGAGGCAAUUGUAGAAGUGGCUGCUGAAUUAAAUCCUGAUGGUUCUGCUCAGCAGCAAUCAAAAGCCAUCAAUAAAGUGAAAAAGAAAGCCAAAAGGAUCCUUCAAGAGAUGGUUGCCACCAUCUCACCAGCAAUGAUCAGAUUGACUGGAUGGGUACUGCUAAAACUGUUCAACAGCUUUUUUUGGAACAUUCAAAUUCACAAGGGUCAACUUGAGAUGGUUAAAGCUGCAACUGAGAUGAAUUUGCCACUUAUAUUUCUGCCAGUUCAUAGAUCCCAUAUUGACUAUCUACUGCUCACUUUCGUUCUUUUCUGCCACAACAUCAAAGCACCAUACAUUGCUUCAGGCAAUAAUCUCAAUAUCCCCAUCUUCAGUACCCUAAUCCCUAAGCUUGGGGGCUUUUUCAUACGACGGAGGCUAGAUGAAACACCAGAUGGACGGAAAGAUAUUCUCUAUAGAGCUAUACUCCAUGGGCAUAUAGUUGAACUACUUCGGCAGCAACAAUUCUUGGAGAUUUUCCUGGAAGGCACACGCUCUAGGAGUGGGAAAACUUCCUGUGCCCGGGCAGGACUUUUGUCGGUUGUGGUAGAUACUCUAUGCACCAAUACCAUCCCGGACAUCUUGGUAAUACCUGUUGGAAUCUCCUAUGAUCGUAUUAUUGAAGGUCACUACAAUGGUGAGCAACUGGGCAAACCUAAGAAGAACGAGAACCUUUGGAGUGUAGCAAGAGGUGUUAUUAGAAUGUUACGAAAAACCUAUGGAUGUGUCAGAGUGGAUUUUGCACAACCAUUUUCCUUAAAGGAAUAUUUAGAAAGCCAAAGUCAGAAACCUGUGACUGCUCCACUUUCUCUGGAGCAGACACUGUUACCAGCUAUACUUCCAUCAAGACCCAAUGACGCUUCUGAUGAAGGUACAGACACUUCCAUGAAUGAGUCCAGAAACACAACAGAUGAAUCCUUCCGAAGAAGGCUGAUUGCAAAUCUUGCAGAGCACAUUCUGUUCACCGCUAGCAAAUCCUGUGCCAUUAUGUCAACACACAUCGUGGCCUGCUUGCUUCUCUACAGACACAGGCAGGGGGUUGAUCUCUCCACGUUGGUGGAAGACUUCUUUGUGAUGAAGGAAGAAGUCCUGGCUCGGGAUUUUGACCUGGGGUUCUCAGGCAGUUCUGAAGAUGUAGUCAUGCAUGCCAUACAGCUGCUAGGAAAUUGCGUCACGAUCACCCACACUAGUCGGAAUGAUGAGUUUUUUAUUACACCAAGCACAACUGUUCCCUCUGUCUUUGAACUCAACUUCUACAGCAAUGGGGUGCUCCACGUCUUUGUCAUGGAGGCCAUCAUGGCCUGCAGCCUUUAUGCGGUUCUGAACAAGAGGGGCUCGGGGGGGCCUGCUGGUGCCCCCCACAACUUGAUUAGCCAGGAGCAGCUGGUGCAGAAGGCUGCCAGCUUGUGCUAUCUGCUCUCUAAUGAAGGCACCAUCUCUCUCCCCUGCCAGACAUUUUACCAAGUUUGCCAUGAAACAGUAGGAAGGUUUAUCCAAUAUGGCAUUCUUACAGUGGCAGAGCAGGAUGAUCAGGAAGACAUUAGUCCUGGUCUUGCAGAGCAGCAGUGGGACAAGAAACUUCCAGAACCUUUAUCUUGGAGAAGUGAUGAAGAAGAUGAAGACAGUGAUUUUGGUGAAGAACAGAGAGAUUGCUACCUGAAGGUGAGCCAAUCCAGGGAGCACCAGCAGUUCAUCACCUUCCUACAGAGACUCCUUGGGCCUCUGCUGGAGGCCUAUAGCUCUGCUGCCAUCUUUGUUCACAACUUCAGUGGCCCCGUUCCAGAGCAUGAAUAUCUGCAAAAGUUGCACAAAUACCUAAUAACCAGAACUGAAAGGAAUGUUGCAGUAUAUGCUGAGAGUGCCACAUACUGUCUUGUGAGGAAUGCUGUGAAAUUGUUUAAGGAUAUUGGGGUAUUCAAAGAGACCAGACAAAAGAAAGUAUGUGUUUUAGAACUAAGCAGCACCUUUCUACCUCAGUGCAACCGGCAAAAACUCCUAGAAUAUAUUCUGAGUUUUGUGGUGCUGUAGGGAACUCCUGGCACUUCCAGCAAGUGAAGGGCAUGGGGACGAGUCCCUCGCAGGCCGCCUCUGACUAGAGCGUGGAAGGAGCCGUCAUGUGGUCAGGCGGGACCUGAUCUCACCUGACCUGGAAGACAAGUGCCUUCUCCCUUCCGUGGACCUGUGAUCGUCGCAACUCUGAGAUGACACAGCAGCUUACAGAUAACACCCUGGGGGCCACCAGCCUCCAUUUGCAAAUCAUAAUCAGUAGAUUACAAAUGAACUGCAAUAAAUUAUUUUGGCGUUUAUUAAAGAUUCACAUUCUAAAUACUCCUUUUAAGGACUAAUUACUGUGAUGGACACAAAAAUGUACUUGUAUGCUAGAACCAAAAUUUGUGUAGUGUACUAAAUGCUGUCAGGUAAUUCCUUGGUAUAUUUACUGAUUAAUGGUUAUUGCUUCCUUUAAAAGUAAUAGAGUCAUCAGUUCACUGUUAAUUUUAUUUUUUCUUACAGCUUUGUCAUUGUAGCCCUAUGUUAAAUGGGAGCACCUUUCAUCGCAAAGUGCUUUGCAAAUGAAUGGUCUGAUAAACACCAUACCCAGGUAUCACUGUGCCGUCCUUUGCAGUCAGAUCUAGAAAGUGUUUUAAGGGCUACCCAAAACAGACAUUAGUUUGCAGAAAUAAAGAUAAUGUGACCAAAUAGCCAACACCAGGAAGUGAAUUUGGCUGGCAAAAUUCAAGGUUAAUUUGGCCAGAAAACUGGCUUUGAAAAUGUUUGCCUUCAUAAAAAUGUGCCAUUGAGUUUUAAAUGACCAGCAAGUAUUUUGAAGCUCCUGUUUUAUGUCUGUGCCCUUCUACCCCGCAGGUGGUACCUGCCUCUCACAGUGGGCAGCUGUUUUCUGGAAAUCCCUCAGCCACACAGCAACUGCCCUCAAUUCACUUGGUCUGGUAGACUCUGUUAGCAGAAGGUGCUCUGGCUGUAGGCUCCUGGCUCUACUGCACACAGUGAGUGUACCACAUGGGUGAAUGGUACCCGCUCGAUCAUGCAGUGCACAACCUGUCCAGUGUACCUGGUGACCCUACUCACUAGUAAAUGGUCAAAGACAUUUAUGGAUUUUUAGGUUUGAGAAAAAACCAUGGUCAGUUUAAAAUUUAUGUGAGUUACAUGCCUAAACCUGAAUGCCACAAAGAGGCAAACAAUUAUGAAAAAAUUGUUCAUAAUGCAUAGGUGCCUUUUUGUGAGCAGGGAACAUAUUUCUUAGCUAAUUGUGGUAAUUUUGGUGAUUUCUUAAAGAUCAUAUAAUGUUAAAAGAUUUUCUUAACAGCUUACUGUCUCUUAUUUCCACAAUAUUAUGGAAUUAGGAAUUUUCCAUGAUGAAUGUUGUAUAUCUUCCUUGAAUUGAAUAUACUGAGAAUUAAGUUUCUACUUUUAUAAGCUUGGAUUUUAAACACUAAUAGCAUCUCAUGAAUAAUACAUGUAUAUGUAUUUGGGAGAGAGAAGGAUACUGAUUGGUAUUUAAAAGUGUAUGAAAUUUCUCGUUCAAAACUCAUAGCAAUAAUAGUGUACUCCGAUGAUCUUCUCACACUCAAAUUCCACAUUUAAAAUAUAUUUUUUCUUUAUCUUUGUAGGAACUUGCUCCAUUAAGUCAUUAUCAGUGUUGUAGCAGCCCUGGUAUGGAGGGAGAUAUUCACCUGUUAGCAUUUUGGUUAAUGGUUAAUGCUUCCUUUAAACAUCUGUUCACUGUUUUGUCUGUUCACUCUUUUAUUAACUAGGGUAGAGGACACUUCUCUUGGCUGAUGCUCAGCAUUUGGAGAUAUAUAUAGGGAGACUUAUUUAUUCACAUGACUGUUCCUUAUCUGGAGAAUCAAACAUUUCACUAUUCCAUCCUCUAAAUGAGAGAUCAAGGAUUAUUCAAACUGUCUGUUAGUCCACUGGAAAGUCCAGACUGAGGCUGACUUCCCAGUGGAGAGUGUUGUCGUGUCACUUCUGUGAAUAGCUGCUGCUAUGCCAGCUUGAGCGGAGAAACAGUGGCUUCUCUGACGUUAUUUUCCUUUUUAGUUGGUUUGUUUUCUAGAAAUCUAAUCAGAUGCUUUGGGGAAUGCAAUGUCUGUUUCUCUAGCCCUAUUGCCUCUUAACGCACUGUGAGAAUAAAUAUGCAUGCUUUUUGUAAUUAACCUGGUGCUUUGGAAACCUUUUUAAGGAAGAAAAAUCUCAACCAAAGUUAUGCUCAUCUAGACAAGCUGACCCUUGAGUUAAUUUUAGCCCAGCUCAUUCUUCAGUGCCUCCUUACUGAAAAAACAUGUAUCAUCACAGGAAGGCUUCCAGGUAGCACUCUUUUGCUAACAAAUAUAUUCUCCUCGUUUUUCAAAAGCAGAUGGCUUCCCUGUAAGAUUAAACAAACUAGGUGCUUGUAAAUAAUUAAUUGCAGUUUACUCUAUGGCAUUUCUGUAAAGCCGAAAUGCUUGCCCCCAGGGGAAGACUUGAAUAAAGCUGAAAAAAAAAAAAACCAAAAAAAACCCACAAACAACAAAACCAAUAAUAAGCAAUAUAAAAACUGCACUCUGUUUUUUUAAAGGGAAUUCCUAAGUGAUUCAGAAGAGGAGAAGGAAUUUCCUCUAGCUUAAAAAUUCAAGAAAAACCAAGGUGAAGAACCAGCAGAAGUGUGUAGAACUAGUAACAGAGGAGGCCUUGUGAGUCUUCUCUCUCUGAUCUGUGGAGUCUCACAAGGUCACGAGGGUGAGUGGAGAGGAUAUACUUGGCGAGUGCAAUAAAGUGCAGAGUGUAGAAUUUCCAGGCACCUCAGGGCGAAAACGCAUUCCCCACAGUGCUCCAUGUCCUACGAGUGCCCUGUGAGAUGUCCACGGGUAUUUUGUAGAAAAGGCAUUGCUGGUAGAGUAAGUCUGCACGGGAAUUCUUUCUCCUGGAAACUCAGUGCACGCUAGGGCAUUAGGGACUCCAGGUCCUGCAGUAAGGAGCCUACUUAUCCCAGCAUCUCCCAAACCAUCUUGACCCCAGGACCCUGCCCCCCAGUGGGACGCCUGUAAAUCCCUCACUAGAACCCCAGGGAAAAUAUUUUGGGAAGCACUGCAUUAGGUAGUUCUUUAUGGAGGACGAAACAAUGACCAACAGACGGUACCGAGGCAGAACUUGUAUGCAUUUUGUAUAUUUCCUCCCCUGCAGAUAAUAAGCACAGAUGACUGAUAAUAUAGGGGUGGGCAGAGCUCUUUCCUUCGAUGGAAAGAUCCGCCACCAAUGAUGCUGCAUUUUUCAACAAAAGUGGCAGAAUUAAUUAACACGAGGAUUAAUCGGGAUGAAUAAUUAAGGUUUUAAUUCAGAUCUAGAAGAAACCCUUGCACAAGUGAAUGCAGAUGUUUAUCUACAGAUGGAUAGGAACUAUCAUUGAGGUUUCUAAGACUUAAUUUAGAAAAUUUAGGCUUUAAAAUCUGUUUUUUUUAAAACACUGUUUAGGAACUGAAGACUUGGCAUCUGGCAUUUUAGUUUAAUACAAACUAAUGAUUGCAUUUGAGUCUUUUGACCUUAUUUCCAAAUAUCCAAAGCUCUGAAAUGCCUUGAUGGAAGGUGUUAAACUAUUUGACUGUUGUACAAAGAAAUGUUGGAUUGUUGUAAAAAGAAUUACUAUAAAGUGCUGUAAAUUAACACUGUGUGAUUUUGUGAACGGAACUUAUUUGGAAAUGUUGAUUGAUUUUUAUGCCUGUUAAUGUACUGUAAGAAGCACAGAGGUGUAGUUUUAUUUUAAUAAAUCAAAAAAUGAAAAUA